AUGGAAGCCUCAACCGGCACCACCUUCCCAAUAAUCGACAUAUCCCACAUCAACGACGCCCAAUCCCAACUACAACUCGCCCAAGAAAUCACCUCGGCCUGCCAGCAAUGGGGCUUCCUCCUGCUCAAAGGCCAUCCCAUCCCACCUGGCCACAUAGACGAGAUGUUCUCGCUGGGCAAACAAUUCUUCACCCUCCCAGAAGACCAGAAAGCUCCCUACCCAAUCACCUCCAAAACCAUCGGCUACGUCGGAAGUUUCCAAGACAGAGGCAAAGACGACAAGAUGUCCAUGUGGUUCGGUGGACCGCCGGGCACUCUGGACAACAACAAAGCCAUGCUCCCGCCCUUCUGGCACGAGUAUACACGUAAACUCGAGGCCUUCAAACACGAAUGCCACGCCCUGAUCUUAAAACUGCUCGAAUGCUUCGCACUCGCCCUGAACCUGCCGGUCCGCAAUUUCUUCGCGACCGCGCACGACGAGGCCACAAGCCAAGACAACUCCCUGCGCAUGAUCCUGUACCCUGCGCGCUCGGAGAUGCCGGCCUUCGAAGGCCUAGGGUCCCGCAUGGCCGAACAUACGGACUCCGGCAGUGUGACGCUCCUGUUCCAGCGGACGGCGGGGCUUGAGGUCCUUUCGCCUUCUGGCCGCUGGGUCCGCGCCCCGCAUAUCCAAGAUUGUAUACUGGUGAACUUGGGGGACACGCUGUCGUUCUGGUCGUCCGGGCGGCUGAAGGCCACGCUCCACCGCGUCACGUUUGACAGUCUGGCGCAUGAUCAAGAGAGGCAGACGAUGGCCUAUUUCGCCAAGGCGAGUCCCGAUACGGUAUUGCAGCCGAUUUUUGGCCAGAGCACAUCCCACAAAAAGUACUUCACCAAUGGCGUGGAGCUGAGGCCUGGCAUGACGGUGCGGGAACUGAGCACUACUAUCAUGCGCAACAUCUAUGGCGCGGCGUUCCAGUCUGCUGAGAAGCAGAAACAUGUCCAUGGGGCGGACGCGGCGAGGGUGGGGACCAGGCAGACUGCUGCUGUCUGA